GAAACAUCGCAUGCAUCUGCUAGCCGUACACAUCAUUCCGUAAACCGGCCACGAUGGCGAACGAAAGGAAGGGAACUUUCAAGGUAGAAUACCUGCAGAAAAUCGAACGGGAAGUACAGGAGCGCUGGCAGCGCGACAAAGUGUACGAUGCGGAUGCACCGAAACAGCCACGCAAGCGGGACGACGAAAAAUUUCUCGUCACCUUCCCCUUUCCCUACAUGAACGGUCGCCUUCAUCUUGGUCAUGCAUUCUCCAUGUCGAAGGCGGAAUUUGCCGUUCGCUUCCAACGGCUCAAAGGAAAGCAGGUGCUUUUUCCGUUCGGCUUCCACUGCACCGGCAUGCCAAUCAAAGCGUGCGCCGAUAAGCUGAAGCGCGAAAUCGAACUGUACGGUUGUCCGCCAGUCUUUCCCCGCGAGGACACGGUGGUGGUUGAAGUGCCCGCAGAUCGCGACGUGGUGCCGAAAGAUAAGAGCAAGGGCAAGAAAAGCAAGGCGACUGCAAAAGCUGGCGCUGCCAAGUUUCAGUGGCAGAUAAUGCAAAGUUUAGGACUGACCGACGACGAGAUUGCUAAGUUUGCCAACACCGACCACUGGUUGGAUUAUUUUCCUCCACUUGCAAUUAGCGAUCUGAAGGCGCUCGGAACGCAUGUCGAUUGGAGGCGCACGUUUAUCACGACGGACGCGAAUCCGUUCUUCGAUUCGUUCGUGCGCUGGCAGUACAACCAUCUGCGGGCUCGCGGGAAGAUUAUGUACGGCAAGCGUCACUCCAUCUACUCGCCAAAGGAUGGCCAACCGUGCAUGGACCACGAUCGUGCAACGGGUGAGGGCGUCGGACCGCAGGAGUACACGUUGAUCAAGAUGAAAGUGACAGGAAAGUUGCCGGAGAAGCUUUCCACCGUUGUUAGCAAGCAACCGGUGUAUCUGGUAUGUGGUACGCUCCGUCCGGAGACGAUGUAUGGUCAGACGAACUGUUGGGUGCACCCGGACAUUAAGUACAUCGCGUUCGAGACGGUCAAGAAAGAGGUGUGGAUUUGUACACGCCGUGCGGCUCGGAACAUGGCGUACCAGGGAUUCAGCGCGGUCGAGGGAGAAAUAAAGGAACUCGCCGAGCUGGUCGGGCAGGACAUUAUGGGGUUGGCGCUUUCGGCUCCGCUUACAUCGCACAAAACCAUCUACACGCUGCCGAUGCUGUCGAUCAAAGAGGACAAGGGCACGGGAAUCGUAACGUCUGUCCCGUCCGACUCGCCCGAUGACUAUGCGGCGCUGGUAGAUCUGCAGAAAAAGCAACCGUUCCGGGAGAAGUAUGGCAUCACGGACGAGAUGGUGCUGCCGUACCAACCGAUCCCGAUCAUCGAAGUGCCGGGUUUGGGUAACCUUUGUGCGGUGUACGCGUACGAUAAGUUUAAGAUCCAGAGCCAGAACGAUCGUGACAAGCUGAUCGAAGCGAAAGAGCUGGUCUAUCUGAAAGGCUUCUACGACGGAGUGAUGCUGGUCGGUGAGCACAAGGGCAAGAAGGUGCAGGACGUUAAGAAGGACCUCCGACAGUACCUUGUCGAUCGCAACGAAGCGGACGUUUACUACGAGCCGGAGAAAACCAUCAUGUCCCGCUCGGGAGAUGUGUGCGUGGUGGCCCUGUGCAACCAGUGGUACCUAAACUACGGCGAGGAAGUGUGGCAGAAGCAGGCGGUCGAUCUGCUGGGCACGAUGAAACUCUACCACGACGAGGUGGCACGCAAUUUCGAGCACUGUCUCGGCUGGCUGCACGAGUACGCCUGCUCCCGCACGUACGGUCUCGGCACGAAGCUGCCUUGGGACGAACAGUGGCUCAUCGAGUCGCUGUCCGAUUCGACCAUCUACAUGGCGUUCUACACGGUGGCGCAUCUGCUGCAGGCCGGAUCGUUCCGCGGGGAAAACCCGAGCCCACUGGGCAUUAAGGCCGCGGACAUGACGCCGGAAGUGUGGGACUACAUUUUCUUCGCCGACGCAAAGCCACCGUCCAAGAGUCGCGUCAAGCGAGAUGCUUGGGAGCAGCUAAAGCGUGAGUUCAACUACUGGUAUCCGGUCGAUCUGCGUGUGUCCGGAAAGGAUCUGAUCCAGAACCAUCUGACGUUCUUCCUGUACAACCACAUUGCCAUCUGGCCGAAGGAACCAUCCAAGUGGCCCCGCGGCGUCCGUUGCAACGGCCACCUGCUGCUCAAUUCGGCCAAGAUGUCGAAAUCCGAAGGAAACUUCCUCACGCUCUACGAGUCGAUCGCAAAGUUCAGCGCGGACGGCACUCGUCUCUGUCUGGCCGACGCUGGCGAUAGUAUUGAAGAUGCUAACUUUGUCGUGGCCAACGCGGACGCUGGUAUUCUACGCCUGUACACGUUCAUCGAGUGGGUGCGGGAAACGCUCACCUCGAAGGCGGUGCUGCGAAAGGGCCCCAAGGAUGCUACCUUCAACGAUCAGGUGUUCGCGAGCGAAAUGAACCUCCUGACCAAGCAAACGGGUGACCACUACGAGGCGAUGCUGUUCAAGGAGGCACUUCGAACGGGCUUUUUCGAGUUCCAGACGGCCCGCGAUAAGUACCGGGAGCUGUGCGGCGCGGAUGGCAUGCAUGUGGACCUGGUGGUGGAGUUCAUUAGCCGGCAGGCUCUGCUGAUUGCUCCGAUCUGCCCGCAUGUCGCCGAACACAUCUGGUGCAAUCUCCUGGGCAACAAGCAGUCGAUCCUGCACGCCUCCUGGCCGUCGGUUGGCGUUAUCGACGAGGGAAAGAUCAAGUGUUCGGCCUACCUGAUGGAAGCGGUCCAUUCGUUCCGUUUGGCGCUGAAGAACUUCACCCAACUGAAGGUGGUGGGUAAAGGAGGAAAGGCUCCGGCUGGUGGGCCACCGGUAAAACCGAGUGAUGCCACAAUCUGGGUGGCCAAAACGUUCCCACCGUGGCAGCUGUGCGUGCUCGAUACGAUGCGCGUGCUGUACGAUAACGGAGGUGGAGCGCUGCCGGAAAAUAAGGACAUUGCGAGCGCGCUGGCUAACAAUCGAAUGCUUGAUAAGUAUAAGAAGCGUGUCAUGCCUUUCGCGCAGAUGGUGCGUGAACGCGUGGAAGCGGUCGGCAGGCAAGCGAUGGACCCGACGCUGGCCUUUGACGAGCGGGAGGUGCUGGAGCGUAACGCCGAAUAUCUGCGUAAGUCGCUGGAGCUCGAGAACCUUACCCUCCGCUACACGGACGAAGAUGACACACCGGAAAAGACGCGAGAAGAGGUUCGACCCGGCGUGCCCUUCAUCGCCUUUACAGUGAAACCGUUUGUGACGGUAACGCUGGAGAAUCCAGUCGAGCGGUCGGGAUUGUUUACGGUGACACUGAAUCUGUCGGACAGCGAUACGAGCAAAACGCUCAAGGAAAAGGUUGCGAAGCAAAUCGGCUUCAAAGCGGACCUAUCGGCACUGGAAAUCAUGCGCUUUGAAGAUCCGAUUCUCGGCCCACGAAGUCUUCCUACUUUCAAGGACUAUCGGAGUGGCAAAGUAACGCUUGAAGAGGGAGGAUUCAAAGUUCUGCCGGAGGAAAAGCAAGUUCUGCUAAACAAUGCUGGGUCCAAGGAUUUGAACAUUGGAACAUGUUUUAUCUACAUUAUCAACUAAUUUUAAACGAAUGCGAUACGCGUUUACUUAUCUUGAACAUUUAUGAAUUAAAUACAAUGCAAACGUAAUUGUGCCUCAAUGAUAAAACCACUAGGGCUCAAAUAAUGUGUGGUGUGAUAUCAAUUAAUCAUUUGAAAAUGGAAAUGAGUUUUAUCUUCAUUAUCAGCUUACUUUAUAUGAACGCGAUACGUGUUUACUUUUCUUGAACUUUGAUUAAAUAAAUGCAAUGCCAAAGGAAUUCUGUCUAAAUCAUUAAAA